AUGUUCUGGAACGUGGCGGGGCUUAGAAAUAAAGACAAGGACUUCUGGGAAUAUUUAUCAGAAUUUGAACUAGUGGGACUGAUGGAGACAUGGAUAGAGGAGAAAGACUGGCCAGAAAUAAAGAAGAAACUGAAUAAGGGGUGGAGAUGGGAAUAUAUAGCGGCAACGAGAGAAAAAAAAAGAGGUAGGGCGAGAGAAGGAAUGAUCAUGGAAAUAAGAAAAGAAAUUGAUAAUGACGAGAUGGCUAGAAAGAAAGAAGGCAUAAUAGGAAUGCAGCUGCGGAUAGACGGGAAUAUAUGGAAUGUUCUCACAGUGUACAACAGGAAAGGGGACAAAGCUCUUCUGGAAGAAUUAGACCGAUGGUUGAAAGAAAAAAAUGAGGGAAACAUAAUUAUAGGAGGAGACUGGAAUGCAAGAACGGGUAGAAAAGGAGGUAUAGAAGGGCUAAACGAGGGAAGAAUGAGAUGGUCAGAAGAUAAGGAAGUAAAUAAAGCAGGAAAAAAUAUGCUUGAGUUGCUGGAGAGAAAAGGAUAG